GAAUAUUUGAUGCAUGGGGACAAAAAUGUUAAUUCCAUUGCCGGCUGCAUAGCAAACACCUUUCUUGUCCUCUUCAUCUCUGCUUGCAUCUCAUCUUCCUGUCAGCUUCUUCGAUUUCCCCGAAUCUCCAUCUUUAUUUAUGUUAGCAUUCGCUUUCUCCGUCCAUGCCCCCUCUUCUGGUGGAAACCUCAAAGCACAACUUAGUGAAACAAGAAAAAAAAAUCAGAACAAACAAUAUCCGCGAAUGAGAAAUCAUAGCUAGUCUUCUGUCUUGCACUCUCUACUCAAGCAAUCGACACAUUUUGGUGAUCGUUUGGAGCCAUGCCUCGUGUCAUACAUGAAGCUAUCUCUGUGGCAACUAGUUCACAAAAUUUACGAGCCUCGUGUGAGAAGAAAACAGCGUCUUUGUACUUUUUCCUUGGAGCAUCAGUCGUGCUGGCAACAUUGUUGAUUCUGAUAUUGGUCAUUCGGAAAAUGGUCAGAUCAGGAUGGAUGACAAAGUUUGUACUUCGAAGUGAAAAGCAACAAGCAGCAGAUUUAGGUGAGCAGUUUCAUACCAUAAUCUACUUCGGCUUCCAAACGUUGAGGAAGGCAACUAAGAACUUUCACCAGGAUAAUUUUCUGGGGAGAGGUGGAUUCGGGCUCGUCUAUAUGGGGAAGCUAGAAGAUGGGAGAACAGUUGCUGUGAAGAAAUUAGCUACAGAAAAAUCCCAGCAAGGAGAGUCGGAGUUUCUUGCAGAGGUGAAGAUGAUCACAAGCAUACAACACAAGAACCUGGUUCGCCUUGUAGGUUGCUGUUCAGACGGAGAUCAAAGACUGCUUGUAUAUGAAUACAUGAAGAACAAGAGUUUGGAUCUCAUAGUCUAUGGAAAGAGUGACCAGUUUCUGAACUGGAGCACGCGAUCCCAAAUAAUUCUUGGCAUUGCUAAAGGAAUCCAAUACCUACACGAGGAUUCACACUUCAGAAUUGUACACAGAGAUAUCAAAGCUAGCAACAUUCUGCUAGAUUCUAAAUUCCAGCCAAGAAUCAGUGAUUUUGGCCUGGCUAGGUUCUUCCCUGAAGACCAAGCUUAUCUGAGCACUACAUUUGCCGGAACAUUAGGUUAUACAGCCCCUGAAUAUGCCAUCAAAGGAGAACUGUCUGAAAAGGCUGACAUAUAUAGUUUUGGAGUUCUGGUGCUUGAAAUCAUUAGCGGCCGGAAAAAUACAGAUCUUACUUUAAACUCCGAUAUGCAGUACCUUCCUGAAUAUGCAUGGAAACUCUUUGAGAGGUCAAAAGUAAUGGAUCUGGUAGAACCGCGAUUGAGAGAAGAUGGUUUUCUGGAGAGGGAGGUGCUGCAAACAAUUCAGGUGGCUUUUCUAUGUCUUCAGCCUCACGCAGACCUCCGGCCACCCAUGUCAGAAGUCGUCGCAAUGCUGACUUGCAGAGUCGAUAUGACUGCAACGCCGUUGAAACCAACAUUCUUGAGCCGGAGGCGGAGGAAGCAAGAGAACUGGGACACUAUAUCAGAUGUUUUUCCGUCUCCGCAGCAGAGUGAUUCACUUUCCGGCACUCGUCCUGCAAACUAAGGGUCAUUGCACCGGAGGCCUUGCUGUUUGAAAUUCAAAACAUGAUUUGCUGUCUUGUAAUUUUGUAAACUAUUUCAUUGAUAAUUUUGUCAAUAUCAUCAAUGUUCAUAUUCUUUUGCACUAAAA